AGUUCAUCACUGCCAGGUUUGGAAACGGAGACCUCCAGAGCUACGCCGUGUUCUCGUUAGGCGACGACCCCACUGACACUGUGACCGUCUCCAUGUUCAUCCGCACCAGACAGUCCAGAGGCCUGCUGCUCAUCCUGGCCAACGGCACCAGCCAGUACCUUCGCCUGUGGCUGGAGCAAGGCAAGGUCAAAAUUCAGGUCAACAGCUUUGAGACUCUCGUUGGUCAGAAUGUGGUCAGCGAUGGGCAUUUCCACUUAAUUACUGUGAGGCUGGACAGAGAGACGGCCAGCUUGUUCCACUCGGCUCAAAGCCAGGGUCUCAUGGCCAUCAGGCGAAUCCAAGCCCAUCCAGGAGAUGUGGUUUUUGUUGGGGGGCUACCAGACUCAAGGGCCUCUGCUUCAUUUGGAGGCUACUUUAAAGGAUGUGUCCAGGAUCRGAGGAUUAAUAACAAACGGCUUCAGUUUUAUCCAAUCCUAACUCCAGUGGAGUCUUAUGAUCUGGUGCAGAUCAUAAACGUUACUGAAGGCUGCAGCGGUGAGAAUACCUGCGAGGUCGGUCCUUGUCUGAACGGGGGGCAGUGUUACUCCGUGUGGGACGAUUUCAUCUGUAGCUGCCCCCCCAACACUGCAGGGCGGCGGUGUGAAAAGGUCCGAUGGUGUGAGCUGUCCCCCUGCCCCGCCGCCGCCAUCUGCCAGACCCUCUCACAAGGAUUUGAGUGUUUGUUCAAUGUGACACUUCGGCCUGAGAGCAGUGUCCUGCAGUACCGCAGUAACGGAAAGAUUAAACAAAGCCUCACCAGUGUCUCCCUCAGCUUCCGCAGCAGACAGUCAGCAGCCACUUUGCUUCACGCACAGAAAGAGACCAACCACCUCACCAUCUCCCUCCUGAACUCUCAUCUGGUCAUGGAGCUCAGAGCCGGAGCUGACGUGGACCCUCCCAAAGUGACGACUCAAAGUCUUGGUCUGCUCAGUGAUGGUGAGUGGCAUACUGUGGAAAUCAGCAGAGAAAAUCAAACCUCAAGGUGGGUUGUUCGUGUAGACGGAGGCAAAGAGAACAGAAGCAUUUCUGAAACAGCAGUGGAGGACUUUAACUUCCUCAGAGAUGGGGCAGAUAUUUUCUUGGGAGGUCUAAACCAGGAAUCUGGGGCGAGCCUGUCUGGCUGUCUGGGCCGAGUAGAGAUUGGAGGUCUUCUUUUACCAUUCUACCUGGACACGGAGCUGAACCUCCCCAGACCACAGGAGGAGCAGUUUGUGAUGGAGAUGAGCGGAGGUGCUCCUCUGCGGUAUGGCUGCUGGGGAGCUGGCGUAUGUGCGCCCAACCCAUGCCAAAACCAGGGGACCUGUGAGGACCUGUUCGACCUGCACCGGUGCAAGUGUUCUCCGGAGUGGACCGGGUCGUUAUGUCAAGAACCAACAGACUCGUGCAGCUCCAGUCCCUGCAUCUACGGCAACUGCACCAAUCACCCCAAGGGUUUCAGGUGCGAGUGUGAGCUGGGCUUCACUGGUGAACAGUGCGAGGUAGAAGUCGAUACGUGCGAAAACAGCGGCUGCAGUAAUGGAGCCACGUGCCUCAAAUGGUUUCAGAGCUACACGUGUCUCUGCCCCCGGAACAUGACGGGCCAUUACUGCGAUGAGAAAAUUCCUGAAAUUCCCUGGUACAUAGAGACAGAUCCACUCCCUCAGCUGCCCGUGUCUUCAUGCAUGGGUACAAGAUGGAACUACAGCUGCUUUAAUGGAGGAAACUGCUCCGAAGCAGACCACACAUGUUCCUGCCUGCCUGGCUUCACAGGACCCUGGUGUGAGAAGGAUGUGGAUGAGUGCGCCUCAGAGCCGUGCAUGAAUGGAGGCUUCUGCAUCAACUACGUCAACAGCUUUGAAUGCGUGUGCGACAUAAAUUUCUCAGGGAUGUACUGUCAAAUGGACGUCAGCGACUUCUACAUGUAUCUCUUCUUGGGCCUGUGGCAGAACCUCUUCCAGCUCGUGUCCUACCUCGUCAUUCGCCUCGACGAUGAACCAGAGAUUGAGUGGGGGUUCCAGAUCAAUGAUUAGACUUCCGUUAGUCCACGAUGGUGAAACUGGACCAGAGUGGAGGGGUACACCGGGGUGUGUUUGUGCUCCAGAAACAAAGGAAGCGAGCUGCAUCUUUAAGCAACACUGAGUGAAAACGUCGUUUUUACUGAACUUAUUCAUGUUUUUAAACAAGUUUCCACAAGGAGCUGUGGGAUCAAUGGACAUUUACAUGUCUUUAUCUAGUUUACUAAUUAAGAAAAAUAGCCACUGUGCAGUUAUGUAUCACAAAACACUGUAGUUGUCUGACCAGAUUUCUUACAGUCUGAGAACUGUGUGCCUUAAAUGUCCACCUGUCAUCUGAUGUGCUGCUUCCUCCAGCUGUCUGGUUACAAGUAGACAUUCCUGUCCUGAUAUAUGAUUUAGGGCAGCGUUUCCCAAAGUUGGGGUCGGGACCCAAAGUGGGGUCCCAAAACUUCGA